AUGGUUCUGCGACCGUUAGAAUUUGCGGAUUGCCUUUCGGAUACUCCGUGGUUUCGCCAAAAUUUACGUGAGCAUGAAAGUGUUUUGGAAGAUGCUCAUAAAAAUAUCAAAAAUAUCGAAAUACAAUGCCGUGAACUUAUUCAUUGCACAAGAAAACUUUCUGUGGCUCAAAGAGCAUUUGCAAAAUCAUUGAAAGAAUUUAAAUUUGUCACAAUUGGUAGUACUCAGACAGAUGAUGAACGAAAAAUAGCUGAGUGUGUGAGCAAAUUUGGAGAUUUUAUAAGUCAGAUCGAGGAUCAUCGCGAAAAAAUCAUUGAAGAUUCGGAAAUUCAUUUUAUCGAACCAUUACGUAAAUUUCGAGUAGAAGGAAUUGGCAAGGUAUUACAUGAUGAUAAAAAAAGAUACGAAAAGGAAUCCAAUAAAUUUUAUGCAUCACUCGAAAAACAUUUGCAUUUAUCAACGGCACGGAAAAAUGAUUUCAAAGAAGCAGAUGCCCAACUGGAUAUGCAGCAGCGGAAUUUCUGUAGCUGUUCGCUGGACUAUGUAACAGCGAUACAAGCGGUUCAAGAAAGAAUGAAAUUUGAAUUUGUAGAGACGCUAUGCUCAUUCGUAUAUAGCUGGCUUACUUUUUAUCAUGUUGGUCACGUAACACAUGAGGAUUUCAAGCCAUUUCUAAGUGAAGUGCAGUCAAAAGUUCAAAAGGCAAAAGAAAGCUUCGAGGAAACAAAAGAAUAUUAUGUGCAGCUCAAAGAUAAAAUGCUGAUAAAUCAUUUGAAAAAUGCAGUAUUUCAAACGGGUAAAAAUGACAGUGAUAAUGAAAAUCCGACGCCUCGAACCGUUUCUAGCAUAAAACAAGGCUAUAUUUUUGCUCAUGAAAAAAGUAAAAUCCCAAAAACAAUUAGUAGAGAUGUUUUGUCAAAUCGAUGGACUAUGUAUUAUUGUGUAUAUCAAAAGGAAACACGAAUAUUCACAAUGAUUCCAGUAAAUAACACAGCAAGAACGGAUAUGAAAGGUGCGCUUGGACAAUCUGUUUCUUUUAAACUGAAGACAUGCACUCGAAGGGCCUCAGACAGUAUUGAUAAGAGGUUUUGCUUUGAUGUCUUAGCAAUGGAUCGUACCGAGCAAAUGACGCUACAAGCAUUAUCGGAAGAAGAUCGUCGACAAUGGCUUGAUGCUAUGGAUGGAAGAGAGCCCAUAUACUCACCUGGAACAGGACCAACAUCAAAUUGCCUCGGAAACUUUACCCAUUCUUCGGGUAUUACUAAUCGUCUUGAUCGUACCUCAACAACUUACAAUUUAACCCAAGGUUUGAGAGCUGUAUAUUGUGGUAGUGCAUUUUUGCCGGCAUUUGUAUUGGAUGAAUGCCAUGCAGUUUUGGAUGAUAGUGGUUUCGAUUUUGUACGAAAAUGUAUAGAAGCAAUCGAAGAAAAAGGGAUAUGUGAGCAAGGAUUAUAUCGAAAUUGUGGUGUUACAUCUAAAGUGCAAAAGUUACUGCAAAUUGGAUUAGACAAACGACGUUCCAUAUAUGACAAACUUAGCUUUACAGAUGAUGAAUGGGAAAUUAAAACAUUGUCAAGCGCUCUUAAAACUUUUUUAAGGAAUUUGCCAGAACCACUUAUGACGUUUGACUUACAUCAUCACUUUAUUAAUGCCGCCAAAAUGGAUUCCAAAACACGUGUUUCCUAUAUUCACUAUUUUGUCUAUAAAUUACCGCAAAUACAUUUCGAGAUGUUGCAAAUUAUUAUUGAACAUCUUAAGAAAGUGGCAAAUCGUUCCAGUGAAAAUCUGAUGACAGUAGGUAAUCUUGCUGUUUGUUUUGGGCCAACAUUAUUAAGGCCAAAAGAGGAAACAAUGGCAGCUAUUAUGGAUAUUAAAUUUUGUAAUGUAGUUGUCGAAGUGCUCAUUGCAAAUUAUGAUCUCAUAUUUAAAAAUAAACCAAAAGAAAUUGAUAAUAUUCCUUGUCCAGCAAGGUCCAACGAUCAGGAGGAGUUCAUAAGUGAAAGCUCUUCUUUUGGUGAAACUGGUACUGGUCCUUCUAUUGCUUUCUCAAAACAGCAAAUUGUAUCAAUUUCUCAAGAAGAAAAGCGAUCGCAAGCAGAAGGUACAUCAAUUUCCAGUAAGCGUCCACAAACAAUUGCCAGUUCAAGUAAAUGUCAACGUCCUCCUCCUAUUUACGAUAGAGUGCCAUAUUGUUACACUGACAGUAAUGAUGAUUUAAACAUGAGUUCAUCGAAUCGUUCAAUGCAUACAGCAGCAUACAAUAAGCCGAGCACUUCUGCUGGAACAUCACCUGUCACACCGAUAGCUAAGAAUAGUUUGACAUGUUCAUCUUCUGCACUUACACAAAAUACCACAAAGUGUCAAAUGAGACAGCCUUUACGUGGACAAUCUACUGCUCAUCUCCGAGGUGCCACAGAACACGAACGUCGAACAUCAGUUGGGAAAAAAUGUGCGGAAAGUUGGGAAUCAUUGAAUUCAGCAAGUACUGGUUCGGAUCCAUUACCAAAUGAACGGUUCCGUCAUCAUUAUCCUAAAAUUGCUCAGGAACGGCAUACUACCACCUCCAGAGCUAAAUUGAACACAUCGUACGCUCCAGCAUAUAAUCCAUUUUCUUCUGAAUCUGGACGUCGUAAAAUAUCACCUUUGCCUGUGUCAAAAUAUCAGCAACAUCGUUGUUUUGAUUUAUCGCGACAGUCCAAAAAUGUCAAUUUGCCAGACGGCGAUGAUGUCACGGAUGAUGUUAAUGUUUGCGGUGAUACCCCUACUGUUACCGAGGUGCUUAUCAGUGAUCUCAGGGUUUCACCAUUGUUCACGUGUACUCAUACUUUGGGAGCACUUCAACCAAGUCGGCGAGUGAAAACACUUUAUGCAUGUACAGCAGGUCACAAUACUGAAUUGUCUUUUCAGCCUGGACAAAUUAUUACUAAUGUUUAUGAAUCAAAAGAAGAUGGUUGGCUGAUUGGAACUUUAAACGGAAAAACUGGUCUCAUUCCAGCGAAUUAUGUCGAACCACUCCCAUAA